AUGGCGGCGGCGAAGACAACCCUGAAAGCAGGGACAAGGCCGCCGUGGGUGGGUCUCGGGGCGGCGGCCUGGGUCCAGAUUGCAGCGGGGAAUGCGUACAACUUCCCGCUUUACUCCCAUUCCUUGAAAUCCGUGCUAGGUUUCAACCAGCAGCAGCUUUCUAUGCUUGGAGUGGCUAAUGAUAUCGGCGAGAACGUUGGGGUUAUCCCUGGAAUCGCCUGCAAUUACUUGCCUCCGUGGGUUAUUCUCCUCGUCGGAUCUUUGGCUUGCUUCUUUGGCUAUGGCGUCCUUUGGCUCUCCCUUAGCCGCACCGUUGAAGCCUUGCCGUACUGGGUGCUCUGGUUAGCACUAUGCGUUGCUACAAACAGCAGUGCAUGGUUAAGCACAGCGGUGCUAGUGACUAACAUGAGGAACUUCCCUCUCAGCCGAGGUACAGUCGCUGGCAUUCUGAAAGGCUACGGAGGAAUCAGUGCAGCGGUAUUCACCGAAAUCUUCAACAUCUUGCUCAAUGGAUCCUCCUCCAAGCUCCUCAUGUUCCUUGCAGUUGGGACUCCUAUCCUGUGUUUUGCAGUGAUGUACUUUGUGAGAGCUUGUACUCAAUCAUCUGGUGAUGACCCUUCUGAAAAUUCCCAUUUCCUCUUCAUCCAAGGAGCUCUUGUGGUGCUUGGAGUAUAUGUCCUGGCGAGCACUAUACUUGAUCACUUGCUGAACCUGAACCCUGUGGUUUGUUACACUAUUCUGGCGAUACUGUUCGCGCUCCUUCUGGCUCCUCUUGCUGUUCCCAUUAAAAUGACUUUUGUUCGAAUGAGGAGUAGCAAAUCAGUGUCCAUCGGCGAGCAGGUGUCCUCUACUGACUCCUUGGUGCAAGGGGAUGGGAGCAUGGAGAAAGCUGAGCCGUUGCUGAUGAAGACGUCUUCGUCCACAACUAUAAGUGAGAGCUUUAGGGAAUGCGACGAUGGAUCCGAGGUGGCAAUGCUUCUAGCUGAAGGGGAAGGAGCAAUAAAGAAGAAGAGGAAGCCUAGAAGGGGGGGAGGAUUUCAGUUUCAGUGA